AUGUCCACCAGUUCUUCGAGUCCUUGUAACGGCAUAAUUUGCUUUUACCGCGACUGGGAUGGCAUUACGUUAUGGAAUCCAGCAAUAAGAGAGUCCAAGGUUUUGCAGAUUUAUUGUAAGUGGUUCUUCGUUGGAUAUGGUUUUGAUUCCGAGGUUAAUGAUUACAAGAUAAUGGGAUUCACUGGUGCCUGGAAUUCCACUCGGAUCAUAUCGUACGGCCUAAGUAGUGAUAAUUGGAUGGAAAUUCCUGAUGAUCGAUCAUUGCGGCCACGGGAUUUGCUAGACUUGCUUCUUCAGGUACAGCAUGGGAGGAUAUUCUCGCAUCAACGAAGAUGCGAGUGUAUAUUUGUACUCUUGAGUGAAGCAAUGAUGACUCUCUUGUUGUGGUUCUCUCACGGUGAGCAGAAAGACCUUGAAAUAUGGAUAACAAAAGAUCACCGCGUCAAGGAGUCUUGGAUCAAGAAAUACGUGGUUGAUCCACUUGGUAUGUUUCCUCGCUUGCUUCAGCUAGCAGAAACUGAAGGUUUUGAAACUGUUACAAACAAAUUAUAUAAAUAG